GCUCUAGCAUCCGCAUCCCCGUUGGAGCACCAGCACGAGCAGUGCCGGAGCCAGUGUGGACUGAAUCCCACGUUCGCAUUCCUCAGCCCUGGCGCCCUAUGUUUCACAUGUCGAAGGAAGCCUUGCUUCUCCUUUUCUGGAACCAGCAGCAGCAGCGUUUGUUUUUUCAUAUCCCGUGCACCUCGGAUUCUAGGUCAUUGAAUGGUGAGGGAAAUGCGCUUGUAACUCGCGGGAGGGAAUCUAGUUGGCUCACGGUGUCGUUGGAAUGUGGACUUUUCGUCGAAACUCCACCGCUCGGUAAUCUUCACAUUUGCCGCUGCUGCUGCUGAAUGAGGCGGAGGAAUGCUCAAGCAUUAUACUGCAUGGCUAAUUCUGCGCUAGGUGUGGGUGGCGACAAUAGUGGGGUUAAAUAUGGGCUGUCGUCGGAGCCCAAUCCUUGUAGCGUCAUCGUUUGAACCAUGUAAGAGCAGUAAUUUCGCUGGGAACCGUUUCUAGUUGCGUAAAAAUGCACAGAAAAGACGCACGUCCUCUCCGUUGGCAAUGCUGAGUUUGGCUUUUGCAAAGAGUUUGAUGCGGGAUGGUCUCGGUUGCCACGUGGAUUGAAUUCGUCGGAUUAGUUUCUGAAUGGACGGACCUGAUUUUGGAAUAACCGAGAAGGCACUGGGCAAACUUUGUGUGUCGAUACGCUCUUCACGUUUAUUAGUUGGAAUGGGACUGAGGGCAUUGUACAUUAUUGUGGGAUUGGGCGUAUGUUGGAGCCCAUGCACAGCGAUUGAGGUUUUCUGAAAGUUAGACUUUAAUUGUAGGCGUUUGUGAUGUGGGUUGCUGGUGAUAAUCGGCCUUGCUCAUUGCGAGCAGGACAGCUUGGGAGAAUCUUCGAGUGCAUUGGCCCAGUUCACUUGCGGCAGAUACAUUGAAGUCGAGUUUUUCAUGUGAAGGGUUUUGUGUACUUGGAUUGAGAAUCUCGUGCUGCUGGGUUGAGGUUUUGGUUUGGUGGGCAGCUGGGUAGCGUCGCCAUGGUGGCAACGAGAGUCAUGGAAGUGCUAACUUCCACCCCGAGUGCUCAUUCUGGAAUGACACAGAAGAAUGUGGUGGUGGGUUGUAGAACGCCUGAUGUGAGACAGGCCGACAGCGCUGUAUAUAAAUUGCGGGGUGAGUUUCGGGAGCAGCAAAGCCAGCUAUUUAUCGGGAAUAACUAUAGGGUUAGGGUUCGUCGAAGCCUACUGCAGCGCUCUGGGCUGGAUGUUCGUGCGAUAGACGCUGCUCAGCCAUUCGAUUACGAAUCCGUGAGAUUGCAGGAGCUGCAGAACAAGAAUAAGCUAAAAGUUGGAAUUGUUGGCUUCGGGAAUUUCGGCCAGUUUCUGGCAGCGAGGAUAGUAAAACAAGGGCACCGUGUUUUGGCGUACUCUAGGACGGACUACAGUGAAAAGGCACAAGAAUUAGGUGUAGCGUAUUUCAGGGAUGCGGAUGAUUUUUGCGAGGAGCAUCCCGAGGUGGUUCUACUGUGCACCUCCAUAUUAUCAACUGAGGCUGUUUUGCAGAGUCUUCCUACGCAACGGCUCAAGCGCCACACUUUAUUUGUUGACGUACUCUCAGUGAAGGAAUUUCCAAAGAACCUUUUCCUUCAGGUGUUGCCUCCUGAAUUCGACAUUCUCUGCACUCAUCCCAUGUUUGGUCCCGAGAGUGGCAAAGGUAGCUGGAAUGAAUUACCUUUUGUUUAUGACAAGGUUCGCGUCCGCAAAGGCCGACGGUCCAGGGCCGCUGACAUAUUCCUGGACAUCUUUGCGAAAGAGGGUUGUCGCAUGGUGGAGAUGACAUGUGCUGAGCACGACCGAUAUGCGGCGGGCAGCCAAUUUAUCACUCAUACUGUGGGAAGGGUAUUAGGAAAGCUUGCGUUGCAGUCGACGCCAAUCAACACUAAGGGUUAUGAGACACUGCUUGGACUCGUUGAAAAUACAGCGGGUGAUAGCUUUGAGCUUUACUAUGGGCUGUUCAUGUACAAUCCUAAUGCCACUGAAGAGCUGGACCGGCUAGAACUGGCUUUUGACUCUACAAAGCGGCAGCUCUUCGGACAACUUCACGACGUUUUGCGAAAGCAGCUAUUUCCUGGAGAUGGCGCAGAGAAAGCUAGUUCCUCUCAAGGCUCUUUAGACACAUCAUCAAAGAAUGGAAGCUCCACAAAUGGUGGAACUAGAAUCGUAAGCAACGUUGACACUGCACCCCCUGUUUUUGAGUCAGUUUUGAUCAAGUCCGUUGAAUUGGAGAAAGAUCCAGACUCAAUUUCUUCGAAGAGCCCGAAGCAUUGAUGUUUCCGAUUACAUCACCUUCGAAGUCUGUAUUAUAGAGCACUUCAUCGAUCAACUGUUUCACAAUUCACUGCAACUUAGAGUUUUGUAUUUUGAGGCUUGAACAAAAUUGAAAUUGAGAUGGAAGGCUACCUGGUGAAUGCUUUUCCUCAAACCUUUACAGUUAUCAAGCUGAGCCCUCGGUGUAACCCACUUUAUAACACAUGAUACUCGUAUCUGAAAACAUUUGAAUAUGUUGUUGGAUCAAGCUGCUGUAUAGAAUAGUUCUUCAUCCUACCAGCUUCUGAAUAAAUAUCUAAGAUUUAGUAAAUCCUUGGUACAAAACCAUCAAAUUUACUAAUUGACAAAAUGCUAAUCUUGGUUCUAGAGGCUGCAUUCACGUAGUCUCUAUAUAGAUGAAAUAGUGUUUUAUAUCAGGUAGCUCCAAAUGCUUAUCCUGACAAACAACUAUUUAUACACGACUAAAUGACAGCCCUUCUCAUUCUAUUAUGUUUCAUGAUUGAACACGGAAUUUUACUCAA